AUGGAUUCCAUGUAUACUUCGGCUUCAAGUUCUUCAGCAAUCACUUCUGGUUCUGUUUUUGGCUCUCUAGAUGAAAUUCUAGACGAGGGAGAAAGCGGUUGUCCUGCUUUUGACAGGUUAAUCCAAAGAGCAGAAAAUGAGAAUUCUGAAUUGGUCAGACUUCUAGAGGAGGAAACACGAAAGCACUCAGCACUUCAGAAGGAGCUUGAAGAUGCAAACUCACAAAGAGAAAUACUUGAACGGUCUUCUAAAAGUUUGAAGGAAGAAGAAAAACAGCUUCAAAGGCUUGCAAAGCAAAAUAAAGAAAUAGGCGAAAGUCUGAAGAGAACAAAUGCCUUACUCCACCAACAUGAAGGGACUUUACAAAAGAAAUAUGAAAAAGCUUGCUCUGAUCUACAAAAACUACAACUAGAUAAUGUUGAAGUUGUGGACAAAUACAAGGGCACAUGGGAUAGGUACUACGCCUUUUAUGAAAAGUCAAAACUUGCAGUAGAAUUGGCAAAUAUCAAGAAAACAGCAAUGGAAAAGCAAAAGCAAGCAAGCGACAUAGAGGAAAAGAUUAAACAUAUGGAAAUUCAACUUAAAGAAGCAGAAAAAGAAAAGAAAAUCAUUGAAGAACAACAAUUAGAGUGUGAAACAGAAAAUAUAGAUGAAGGGCUUCAAAGGAAAGAAAGUCCAAAAGUGAUAAAUGAAGAUCCAUCCCAUGAAGAAAAUCAAAAGAAUUGCCAAAUACAACAUUCACCUGUGGUAGUCAACAUCAAUCCUGAAAAACCACCACCACAACAUCAACUUCAUUCUUUUCAGGGGAGAAAUCAAGAACCUAUUAGCAGGAGCGUUGUCCAACCAAUCCAAAAGGAUCAAUCUCCAAAGCAAGAUUCAUUUGCAAAGGAAGAUAACUCCCAAAUGCUAUUGCAGUCAAAAACCCCACUGCUCCAGCUGUCCAAUCAAAAGAAACUUUUAAAUAGACCUUUUGACAGUCCUAGGCCUACAGCCAUUAAUACUAAUGGAUUGAAAAACUAUGGUCGCUUUCUGUCGCCAUAUACACAUAUAAAUGUACCUUACACUUUUCAAACAUCACUGUCACCUGCAAGGGCUCCACAGUAUCAACUUUUCAACAGCUCUUCUAAGGCACCUUGCACAUCACAGCAAUCCCAAAGCUGGAUGCAAGAUUCAUAUAAUAAAGCAACUAGCAAUGAGGUCCAAAUUGUCAUGGACAACUCAGCUCCAUCAAGGGAUAAAACACAUGUGGAACAAGCAAAAGUGACAUCACAAGAUUGUGAAGAGCAAAUGAUAACUGAAGACGUCACCCCAAUAUUGAAUGCAUCCAUAAAAAGUCCUGGACUUAGCAGUAACCCAGUUUCUCCCAAGACUCUGACCACAGAAUCAGAAAGUUCAGAUAUAUUCAACUUCACUGAGUACAGCGAAAGAGUAAGGUUGAUAAACAAGUCCCCAGGAGAAGGAUUCUCUUACCCAAGUCGACGGAUGUUUGACACGGUUGAAAACAUGAAUGAAGAUUUUGACAAGUAUGAAACCCUACCAAAGCAAUCUCUCUUUCAACCAUUUUUUGCAACAAGAGAAAAUGAACCACACCAACAGUUCACAGGGAAAUCUACCUUUUUUAGUAUGGAUCCUCAAAGCAAUCAAGAAAAUAGGGUUCAACAGGGACAACCUUUCCAUGUUGAUAGAGAACAGACUUCAAUCCCAAACAGCAGUAAUCUUUUUUCCUCAUUAACCCCAGGAGAAGAAUGUGGAACUUCCUCAGGUGUUGGAUUUUCAUUGUUUUCUGACCAGCCUGCUGCAAACCUUGGUCGUCAUGGUAACCAAUCACCACAAUCACCUGCCUUUAGCUUCAACUUUUGUAGUUCACCCUCACUUUCUACCGAAAAUCCAAACAACAACACCGGGACCUUUAACUUAUUUUAA